CCAGCACUCUCUAUUUUCCCAUUAAGCCAAAACUCAUGAAAGAACUACUUUCUCCUUAGAUCUCGAUCUCUCUCUCUCUCUCCUCUUCAUUUGUGUUCAGUCUCCAAGCUCAAAAUAAAUCUAUAUAUGCACAAAACAUACAUAAAAAAGUACAGAAAGAAUGUUGGGGAAGAAGAUAGUUAAUUUAAAAAAACUGGCAAAGAAAGUGAGGGUUAUGGGGGGAGUUGAGAGAGAGAGAGGAUCAGAGUACCAUGAGAGUUUGCUUAGAGAAUUUGAAGAGGAAGAAGGGUCUCAAAUCCCAACUGGGUUUUUGGCCGUUUACGUUGGAGAAGAGAGGCAGAGGUUUGUGGUUCCCACGACCUUUCUAUCUCACCCGCUCUUCAAGAUGCUCCUGGAGAAGGCCUACGACGAGUUUGGGUUUCAGCAGAGGAAUGGCCUCGUCGUUCCAUGCAGUGUCUCUGCUUUUCGAGAGGUCGUCAGUGCUGUCGAAUGUAGUAACGGUAAGUUUGAUUUCGGCAAACUCGUCGAGGAGCUUCUUUAGCAGUGUGUGAGUGAUCAUCUUUGUAAGUUUUUCUUUUAUCAAAAAAGAAAAGAAAAAAGAGAGGCUUAUGUUGUGGGAUUGUGUAUAUAGAGCCUUUUUGGCUAAAGACUUUUUCGAUUCCAUGAAAUUUUUUUUUUCUUAAAAAAAAUGUACAAAAGAAAAGUUCUAUGCAAGUGCAAACAGCUCUUUCCUGACUCAUGGAGAGCUUGUUUUGAUCAAUUUCGAUGUUAUUCCUCCAACUGAGAGAUUUGAACUUAGAAACUCUGCAAAUGAAAGGAACAAUUUUCAUU